UGAGUCAGGCACCCACACACCUGUCUGUCUGCUCCAGGCAGCUUAAAGCAGGAGAAGCUGCCUCGUGGUCAUUCCUCAGCACCCAUCCACUGCUACAUUUCACAUCUGUCUUGAACGCGGAGAAGACCACGAUGGGGGUGUUUUACAGCACAAGCCAGACAGAACCCUCUCCAUGCAACUUGUUCACUGUAAAAAUAAUACGGAUGAAAAAUGCCAGGAAAGCAGACCUGUUAACCCAGUCUGACUGCUACGUGAGCCUGAGCCUGCCAACAGCCUCAGUGCAGCAUUUCCGCACCAAAACGAUUCCAAACACGAAGAACCCAACGUGGAAUGAGACCUUCCACUUCACGAUUCAGAGCCAGGUUAAGAACAUUCUGGAGCUGAAAGUUUGUGAUGAGGACAACAUGACACAAGAUGACCACCUCCUUACUGUUUUCUUUGAUGUUUCCAAAAUCCAGCUUGGAGAAAACAUUCAGCUAAGUUUCCAGCUGAAUCCACAGGGAAAAGAGGAGCUGGAGGUUGAAUUCACAAUGGAGAGCAGUCCGGAUCCUCCUGAAAACAUUAUUACUAAUGGCGUCUUAGUGUCCCGUGAAGUUUCCUGUCUAGAUGUGCAGGUGAAUGGUGGCAAGAUGAGGAAGGAUAGCACAGAGAGGAAAUUUGCACUAACGGUGGAUGGCUCAUAUGAAGGGACCCGGACCCACACACUGAGCUCCUGCCUGUGCCCAACUUCACCAGCCAGGUUCCACUACAUCAAAUACCACCAGUCAGCGCUGGCUGUGGCGCUGCCGCGGCGGAGGCUGCUCAGCAGGUCUAUAUCAAGCCAAAAUGAAAGGGAUAUGAACGAGUCUGUGACUGUAGCUCUGAACUUGCUUCCUAUACAAGAGAAAAUAACAGUAGCACAGGACAAGACAAUCGACUUGUAUGUAAAGGCAAACGAAUGGACCCAGGGUCUGUGUUUCAGGCCAAGAAACCUAGAUGCCCGCCUGGGGUUUGACCUGUGCGCGGAUGAACAGAAUUUCCUGCAAAACCGGAGGAGGGUGGUUGCUGCUGCACUGAAGGAUGUUCUUCAUCUAGAGGAAGACCUGCAAGACCACGAGGUGCCGAUAGUGGCUGUGACAACAGCAGGGUGUGGAAUAAGAGCACUCACUGCCAUGUAUGGCAGCAUUUUGGGUCUUCAAAAGUUGCGUGUUCUGGAUUGCAUUUCAUACAUCAGUGGCUCAUCUGGCACAACAUGGACCAUGACCAAACUGUAUGAAGAUGCAGAUUGGUCACGUAAGGAUCUCGGAGAAGUAAUUAUUGAAGCUCGGAAGCAAGCAACCAAGUGCAAGAUGGGUGCUUUUUCCUUGAGAAGUCUGAGGAAUUAUUACAGAGAGCUGAGCCAAAGGACCCAAGCAGGACAUAAGACAUCUUUUAUUGAUCUGUGGGGACUCAUGAUUGAAUCCAUGUUAAAUGAUGGGAAAUGCUACCACAGACUUUCUGAUCAACGUCGGGCAGUGAGUCAGGGCCAGAAUCCACUGCCCAUCUACCUUGCUCUCAAUGUCAAGGACAAAGUUGCUACCAAAGAUUUUAGAGAGUGGGUGGAGUUCACGCCAUACGAGGUGGGCUUCCUGAAGUAUGGUGCCUUCAUUCGUGCAGAGGAUUUUGGCAGCGAGUUUUUCAUGGGUCGCCUGAUGAAGAAGCUCCCUGAGUCCCGGAUCUGCUUCAUGCAAGGAAUGUGGAGUAGUAUCUUCUCCAAAAACCUCUUGGAUGCCUGGCAUGCAGCUGAUAAUUCAGAGGACUUCUGGCACAGAUGGACCCAAGACAAAGUGACUGAAAUCGAGGAACAACCGGACUUGCCUGAGAAGCCCUACGAGAUGGCUACCUGCAUGUUCACUCCUACCAGUGGCCUCUCCACAACUCUCCGGGAUAUCCUGACGGACCGCCCUGCUGUCUCCAAGUACCACAACUUCCUGAGGGGCUUCCAGAUGCACAACGAGUACAUCCAGCACGAGCAUUUUGCAAAAUGGAAAGACACCUCACUAGACACCUCUCCUAAUGACCUGAGAGGCAACUCGGAGCACCUGGAGCUGGUGGACGCAGCUUUCUUCUUUGAAACCAGCUGUCCACCCCUAAUGAGACCAGAGAGGAAAGUGGAUGUCAUCAUACACUUAAAUUACACAGGUGGAUCACAGACCUUGCCUCUAAAGCAGGCUUGCAGUUACUUCUCAGAGCAGGGAAUUGCAUUUCCCAACAUUGAGCUGAAGGAUGAUGAGAAGAACCUGAAGGAAUGCUACAUGUUCGAUGGUGCAGACACUCCAGGAGCUCCUCUCCUGCUUUAUUUUCCACUAGUGAAUGACACCUUCCAAAGAUGCGUAGCACCUGGUAUGGCUCGUAGUGCUGCAGAAAUGGAACAGGGCAAGAUUGAUCUCUCCAGUUUCUGCUCUCCGUACUCAACGAGAGAGGUCUCCCUGAAAGCAGAAGAUUUCAACAAACUUCAGAGGCUGACUAAUUACAACAUAAUGAACAAUGAGAACAUGAUUCUUCAAGCCUUGCGCAUGGCGGUGGCACGGAAGAAACAAGCUCUGAGCCAUCCAGUAUCACAAGCACAGGCCUCUGGUUGAACAGCAUUUUCCUCUCUUAUUAAAUAUUUAUCACGACAAAACAGAAUUAUAUAUCAAAUGCAAUAGCUACUUCACUUUUCUUGGCAGGCGCCAUCUCUUUCUAAGUAGCCUUCUCAAAAAAGAAAACUUGAAGUACUGACUUCAGAGCCACAUGGUUUGGUUUACUGAUAUAGCUGCUUUUUUUGGUCAGAAGUUUUGAUAUCAGACAGGCUGGUCUGUUGUUAACACCAUCUCAUUGUGAUGCACAGAAUGCAAAUUCAGCUGUGUGUGAUAGGGAAAUAGUUUUAACUUUCUCUCUGUGGUAUCUUAAUGGUUUGGUUGUUAGUAUUUUUUCAUCUGCAAAAUAUUCUGGCAUUUCAUUGUGACUAUUGGUAACAAAUCUAUGAAGCCCUCUUCAGACACAGAAGUUGGUGAUUUUAACAUGUAAAAAUAUUUUAUUUGGUUUUAAUAACUUGAAUUAAAUGGUGUUCUACCUCAUAAAA